AUGACGACCAGACGGAUUGUCAACGAGGAGAAGUCGUCUCUAGACUACGAUGGGAAGGGCGCUCCCGAGCCGUCCAACACCUCUCCAGCAGUGCCAUCAUCGGUUAUCUGGAAGUUGAUGAGCUUCACCUUUGCCAUGAUCACGCUGCCUAUCGGCACGUACUUCUUCACUGUCAACUUUGUCUUCCAGGGCAACGCAACAUGGGCGGGUGGUUUGGCAGCACUCAUGGCAAAUGUUGUCUUGAUCGCAUACGUUGUCAUGGCAUUCAAGGAUGACCAGGAAGAGAUGCGGGAGGAAGCGGAAAAGUCCAAGAAGAAGUUGUGA